CUUCCCAUAUGCCAAAAAUGCAUCAUUGCCUAAACCCACAAGCAUUCACCAUCUACACUAAUUACACUCUUGUGCUUUCUUUCUUCUUCUCAUGCCUUUCUUCUUAUUACCAUCUCUCUCCAUUCUCUUUCAAGUCUCAUUAUUGUCUUUUAAAUCUUAAUUAGAAGCUGUUUUUUUUGUCUAGUUUGUGCUCAAUUCUCGGUUGGAGACGGAUCAUUGAGUUGGACCACCUGGCGACGUUAACAAGAGAGAAGUGUUCGGCUUUGGUCCGGUCUUGUUACGUACCAUCGAGGACUACUUGUUCUUCUGACGACAUUAUUACUAAACAGAACACGAAAGUGGAAGAUGGUCUCGGCUUCCGAGGAGGAGGACGGUGGCAGAAUAAUCAGCCGUCAAAGAGACACGGAGGAGGAAGAAGCUGCACCGCCGUAUCCAGCGAGCCUUGCAAUCUCAAAAGCAACCUCAAGGUCAAGACGGAGGUUGAUAAAGGGUUGGAACAGAGGAAAGUAAGCUGGCCUGAUGCUCAUGGCAAAGAUAUUGCUCAUGUUCAGGAGUUUGAGCUUAGCGCAUCUGAAGACGGAGAGCAUGCAGGAAAGUCUAAAAGAAAAUAUUGUGGUGUCUGUAUAAUCCAAUGACAAUAUUAUUACCCUUUUGAGUU